AUGCUCCCGACCCCGUACUUAACCCUGACCCCCACCGCGUCCUCCAGCUGCAGUCGCCUUACCUGUCCCGCCAGUGAUGUGCUGGCCCAGAAAUGGGCAGCAGCUGCGAAGCGCAAAACGCAACUAGAGACUGCGAAAAACGAGGCGGACCAGGACAACGACUGGACAUUUUCCAGGACGGAGACCGACCACAGCUCGGAGAUUGGCAACGAGGAGACGCCAAGUACCGAGGAAGACGAGGACACGUCGACGUCAUCGAGAGCGAGUUCGAGUUCAGAGGCGGAUGCAGAGAACGAGAGAGGAGAUGGCGAAAGUGAGGACGGGGAGGGCAAGCUAGAUGUGAUACCCACCUACGUGUGUGCACUGCACGACCCCAAGCCGGUACUUGUCGCCGAGCAGAUUCCGUGCAAUCGCGUGGAUAUUCAGCUGUGCCAAGCGGGCGACAGCCUUGAAGGGUUGUCUGAAAACAAGGUGUUUCAGUAUCAGAUCUCGGUCGGACCGAUACAUCAGACAUUUGCGUGCUCGCCGUCGAAAACGCUAAAAAUGUUCAAAAAGUUGUCUCGAGACAAGACUUGUGCCGACCAGUUGCAGCUUAUUGAGACAAACUGUUUGAAAGGUGGUAUUCUUGGGCUGUUCAAGCGGAUCUGCAAGUCGCCUGUUAAGAUUUCCACGGAAGUUCGGGACGUGCUGGACGCUAUGUCGGACAUGGAUACGUUGCUUACGAACUCGACGUAUCUGGAUCUCGUUGGAGCGACGAAGGGCUCGACUUUGUCUUGUGAACUGGAAAAGCUACUGGAGUCGCACGACGAAGUACUUCAGUCCGGCAUACCGUGCAUGUGCGAUGCGUACUAUGCAUCUGUCAAGCGAUACGGCGAUUUCUUCCAUCAGCAAGCACAGACAGCAAAUCAGAUUCGGCAUUCAACGGUAGCCAGUGAGACGCUGUUGAGGUCUCGAGGUGUGCUUUCUUACUACUCGGAUACGAUCUACAUUUUGGAUAAGCGAAUGUUUCGUCCCACGCAUGGACUGAAGCAGUGCAGUGUGUACGGCUUCGGUCGCCGCAAACUCUUCGAGAUCAUGCGAACUUCUCGCAAGCAAUGGUCAUUGCGCCACAUGAACUAUGGCGAGAUUUUUACGCUAUCGCUGACGAAAUAUACGGGGGACGUGCACCACAUGGUGGCAGUGAAGCGCAUGGUGCCCGAUGUGCAAAAUGGCGGUUUACGGCAGGAGAAUGUAUGUUUUGUGAAAAAAUCAAAGCGCCAGGGCUACCGCUGUUUGCUGAUGUCGGAGGUAAUCUCGCAGGGCAAAGUGACGACAUCCAUCUCGAUCCAACAGCCCAAGUCGCCGCAAGGAGACCCGGACUUCCAUUACAUGACGAUGAGUGAGGUGUCUGGUGCAAAACCUGCAUCGGUAUGUAGCAGCACGCUGACUGUUCCGUGUGAACGCUAUAAGUACCUGCAGCGUCUGAAUGUGAGUGGUGGCAGCGAUGUGGUUAUGUACAUGGCAAUUGCUGUGAGCUACGACAUCCUUGUUGGCACGUUCAGCUACUGGAUCGAGCGUAAAUAUUAG